AGGAGACCGAGCGGCGGGAGCCUGAGCCAGGGAGCGCGAGGCGCAGCGAGUCGUCUGAGCGUCUGGAGCGAUCGGAGCCACCAUGUGCGGAAUCUUUGCCUACAUGAAUUACAGAGUUCCCAAGACAAGGAAAGAGAUUUUCGAAACCCUUAUCAGGGGUCUGCAGCGGCUGGAGUACCGGGGCUAUGACUCUGCGGGGGUUGCCAUUGAUGGGAAUAACCACGAAGUCAAAGAAAGACACAUCCAUCUUGUGAAGAAAAGGGGGAAAGUAAAGGCUCUGGAUGAAGAACUUUACAAGCAAGAUAGCAUGGACUUGAAGGUGGAGUUUGAGACACACUUCGGCAUUGCCCACACACGUUGGGCCACCCACGGGGUUCCCAAUGCUGUCAACAGUCACCCGCAGCGUUCGGACAAAGACAAUGAAUUUGUUGUCAUCCACAACGGGAUCAUCACUAAUUACAAGGAUCUAAGGAAGUUUCUGGAAAGCAAAGGCUACGAGUUUGAGUCAGAAACAGACACGGAGACCAUCGCCAAGCUGAUUAAAUAUGUAUUUGACAACAGAGAGACUGAGGACAUAACGUUUUCCACAUUGGUCGAAAGAGUCAUUCAGCAGUUGGAAGGCGCCUUUGCACUGGUUUUCAAGAGUAUUCACUACCCGGGAGAAGCUGUCGCCACGAGGAGAGGCAGCCCCUUGCUCAUCGGGGUACGAAGCAAAUACAAACUCUCCACAGAGCAGAUCCCCGUCUUAUAUCCGACAUGCAAUAUCGAGAAUGUGAAGAAUAUCUGCAAGACUAGGAUGAAGAGACUGGACAGCUCCACCUGCCUGCACGCUGUGGGCGAUAAAGCUGUGGAAUUCUUCUUUGCUUCUGAUGCAAGUGCCAUCAUAGAACACACCAACCGGGUCAUCUUCUUAGAAGAUGAUGAUAUCGCUGCAGUGGCUGAUGGGAAACUCUCCAUUCACCGAGUCAAGCGCUCAGCUACUGAUGACCCCUCCCGAGCCAUCCAGACCUUGCAGAUGGAACUGCAGCAAAUAAUGAAAGGUAACUUCAGCGCAUUUAUGCAGAAGGAGAUCUUCGAGCAGCCAGAAUCAGUUUUUAAUACCAUGAGAGGUCGGGUGAAUUUUGAGACCAACACAGUGCUCCUGGGUGGCUUGAAGGACCAUUUGAAAGAGAUCCGACGAUGCCGAAGGCUCAUUGUGAUUGGCUGUGGAACCAGCUACCAUGCCGCUGUGGCUACACGGCAAGUCUUAGAGGAACUGACCGAGCUGCCUGUGAUGGUUGAACUUGCCAGUGACUUUCUGGACAGGAACACACCUGUGUUCAGGGAUGACGUUUGCUUUUUCAUAAGCCAAUCAGGUGAGACUGCAGACACGCUCCUGGCGCUGCGAUACUGUAAGGAUCGAGGUGCGCUGACCGUGGGCAUCACCAACACCGUGGGUAGCUCCAUCUCCCGGGAGACUGACUGUGGCGUCCACAUCAACGCAGGGCCCGAGAUUGGGGUGGCCAGCACCAAGGCGUACACCAGCCAGUUCAUCUCUCUGGUGAUGUUUGGUUUGAUGAUGUCUGAAGAUCGAAUUUCUCUACAGAACAGGAGACAAGAGAUCAUCCGUGGCCUCAGAUCUUUACCGGAGCUGAUCAAAGAAGUGCUGUCCCUGGAUGAGAAGAUCCAUGACUUGGCCCUGGAGCUCUACACACAAAGGUCUCUCCUCGUGAUGGGACGGGGAUAUAACUAUGCCACAUGUCUGGAAGGUGCCUUGAAAAUUAAGGAGAUAACCUACAUGCAUUCAGAAGGUAUCCUAGCCGGAGAGCUGAAGCACGGGCCCCUUGCUCUCGUCGACAAGCAGAUGCCAGUCAUCAUGGUCAUCAUGAAGGAUCCUUGCUUUGCCAAGUGCCAGAAUGCCCUGCAGCAGGUCACUGCCCGCCAGGGUCGCCCAAUCAUACUGUGUUCCAAGGAUGACACCGAGAGCUCCAAGUUUGCAUAUAAAACCAUUGAACUUCCCCACACAGUGGACUGUCUCCAGGGUAUCCUGAGCGUGAUUCCACUCCAGCUUCUGUCCUUCCACCUGGCUGUCCUCCGAGGUUAUGAUGUUGACUUCCCCAGAAACCUAGCCAAGUCUGUCACUGUGGAAUGAGAACAGGACUUCUAUCACAAGACUGUCGUCACCUGCAGUCUGAUUCAAGACCUGAACCAACUGCCAAGAUGCCACACGGGAAAGGAAGUGGGCCUCCGUGGGCCCCUCAUGCUUCCAGUAGAGCUUGACAGCUUUGACGUGCCUUGUACCCAAAGUGCUUUGCUUACAGCAAAUGCUGUUUCUCUGUGUCCUGACGUCACUGAGAAGGGAUUGUUUACACAUGGGGAUCAGAGCAGACUUUCCACUACUGUGCAAUAGAGAUACCGCUCUCUUCAGAGUAACUGUGAACCUUUUUUUAACCAACACUAGCUAGUUUUAAAAGUCGAAAUAUUUAUAAUGACGAUUGUAUAGCUUUUAAGUUAUUUUUCUAAUGUGUGGCUUUCUGUAGCCAUGGUAACGCCCUAGCCCAUGCCUCUGGACUACCCAGAGUGCUGUCUCUGGACACACUCGUGCAGGUGUCAUUCAUCUCGGUUUGGGGCACUGGCAUGAGCCCUUUGUCUCCUUUCUCUUUGUUCUCCCUCCACAAGCUGCUCCUGAUUCCUGUCCCCUGAAAUCAACGCGUCCCCUCUCCCCUCUCCCUAUGUUUCCUUUGAGCCCAGUUAAAGUCUCUCCUCCUUUCAAUAUUCUCAGAUGGACUCAAAUUCCUUAGCUCUCUGACUUCUGCUUAAUCAGAUUAUGGUUUUUUUCUUAAGCCCAGGCAGCACUUUGGUCCCGGCUCCCUGUUCAUAGUAAACCAGCCUGAGAUGCCCCACACAAGAGGGCGGUUUCGUGGGGCUGCCCUGCUCUAUUUAAAAGCGUGCACAAUCAAUGUACUAUGCAAUUUUACAAUAAAGACAGUGCAACUUUUUUUUUCCG